UCAUAUAUACCGUGACAUAAGAAAACGUCGAAAAAUUACUACUGUAGGAUUAGAACUGUGGACUUAUUGCUUUCGUGUAUUAUGUUAAUAUGUCAUAUUGUUGAUAUGUAGUUAAUGUGUAUUAUGUAGUAUGUUUCAUGUCUAAAACAUAUACCUUAUUUGUUGAAUCCAUUUAAAUUACCGAUCUAUUAACAUUUUCUGUUUUCUCAAACAUGGCGUCGGGAAGGAAUAUUUGACUGAUCUCGGAUGUGGUGUAAAGUUAGAGACCUUUAUUUCCGAGGCAGAAGAAAUGCUUUGUGGAUGAUACGGACAGCCUCGUGAUUUAGACGAUGGAGCGAAAUAUUAUGAUUUAUGUCGUUGGUCCAGAAGGGGUCGGUAAAUCAACAUUAGUGAAAUCCUUUACAAAAGGAAAAGUAUUCAGAAAACGAGUUGAAGGAUUCAGAUGUUGGGCGACGAGUAUUAAAACCAGAGACACCGAUGAUGAACAAAUUGACAUCUACGAAUUCAGGGGGUUUAAAGGGAACGUCUCUGCAGGGCCGUCUCUCACAUUCUGGACAGUGCACGUUUUAAUAGUGAUGUGUACGCAGCAUUCUCUUUCUGAAUCUUGUAAGAACUUUAAAUUUGACUUUUGGAGGAGACGAAACACACAGGUGCAUCUUGUCCAAAAUAUCAGGUCAUCAGAGAUUCGAGAUAGCAGAACCUUGGAGACUGAAGGUAAACAUUUUGGACUUACCAAUACAUAUCAACUGCGAGUGAGUUCGAAAGGAGAAGUUCGUCAGUUGUUCAAGAAGAUUAUUGGUGAUUUGCAUCAGGGGCAUCCAGACUUCCCGCGAGAUUCGCAGCAUGUAUCUAUUACAUUGGAUGAUUCGGGAUACAGAAGCAAGGCGUCUACGGCGGAGAAUCAAAGACCAGUAUCAAAUAACAUUCUGCAAAAAUACGAAAUGGGUGUAAAACCACGGGGAACGUGUAUCAUUAUCAACAACGAAGAUUUUGGAAGUUUAAUGGAAAAACGAACAGGAUCAGAUAAAGAUAAAGAAAGACUGAGAGAACUAUUUUCGGAUCUUGACUUUGAUGUUCAUAUUUUUACAAACCAAACGCGUUCCGACAUUCUGGACAUUUUAAAGAGAGAAUCAACCAAAGACCAUAGUGCCCAUAGCUGUUUCGUGUGUUGUAUUCUUUCACACGGAGCCCAGGAGGUUGUUUUUGGUACUGACGGAAAUGCUGUUGACAUAUCUGAACUUGUUGCAUUUUAUGAAGGAGACCAAUGCCGCGGUUUGCUGGGAAAGCCAAAAAUAUUCAUUAUACAGGCGUGUCAGGGAAACAAACAACGUCCUGGUGUUGAAACUCUUAAUGGCAGUGACGGUGGAUUACGCACCGAUGUGUCCGUUUGUAAAACGAUGCCUGUUGAUGCCGACUUCUUAAUAGCGUGUGCAACGACAUCGGGGUCUUUAGCGUUUCGGCAUCAGCGAGACGGCUCACAUUAUAUUUCAACUUUAGUGGAGAAAAUAAGGCAAAACCUAGCUAAAAGUCUGACCGAUGUCCUUACGAUGGUGAACUCUUCAAUGGCCCAGCAAGAUUAUGAGUUCGAAGGUCAGAGGAGUAAGCAGAUAGGAUGUUACAAAUCGACACUGCGUAAACAGGUAGUAUUUGGAGGGAUUGGGCAAACACGGUGAACAUUCUGACUUGCCGAGCUUUGAACGUACUCGACCGAUUUGCAUUCAAAACAGUACGAGCGUAUUAAUGUUAAUGAGUAAUUGCGCAUCUGUUAUAAAACGAACUACCCGUUUGCAUCAACGAUUUUGAUUUAAGGUUAAGCUGCUCAUUUCAGAGAUAACAGGUAGCGUCUAUGACUACCUUAGUUCCGCUCAAAAACAUUCAUGCUAUUUUUAGUAGGACUCCGCAAGUUUCAAGCACAAUGGUAGUUGGUACACCGACACUAGAUCAAAUUAAAUUACAGGAAUUUACCUGCCAGAUGAAUCAACAUUUUAUUACAACAAACAUUGUCACAAUUAUCACCACAGACAGGACGUGUGAUAUUAAUUGCUCUAUCACCUUCAACUUUGACCCAGCCCGAUGUUAUUUGGUUUAGUACUACCAGUACGUUACUUACAAUUGACAUUAUUAUUUUACAGCCUUGCAAUUUACAAUACAUCCAGCAGGCCAAAGGACGAAAGACUGGGAAAGUUUACAAAAGUAUAUUCGUUUAGGCCUUACACGGACAACGCAUGUCAAUUUAGCUUUCUUUUGUCUGUUUUUUCAAUGCUGAAUUUGCACAUACAGCUCAUCACCAAAUCCUCAAGUAACAAGGUCAUCAUACUGAACGUACUAACGUUUUCCCGGGUUAACUUGAGGAUGAUAUAAAUACAUCGUUAGGGACAGCAUGUCAAUAGUUGAUGUUUUACUUGUUUGUAGUUCAAAAAAAUUGUUGCUUUUUUUUACUAUUAUUGUCUUGUAUUACAUUUGUUUGAAAUAUAAUAAUUUUGGACCACAAUGUGAGCAUUGACAUUGUGUCAAACUUUGAUGGAAUUGAAAUGAGAAUGUUUGUGGAAUGAAAAUGAUUCCGUGUUAUUUUAUUUAGCACACUUCAUAGUUUAUACAUUUGAGAGAGAUGUGGCAAUGUGCAUGCAGUACUUACUAGGGGUGUAACGAUAUACUCGAAUAUUCGGUGCACCGAACAGCGAUCUGUAUCGUAGUUGCAUUCGUAUUCGUCACUAGCUGAACCGAAUACACGAAUACUUAUAUGUACUUAUAUAUAUGUUUACUGUAUAAUUUAUGUUUCUAAUUCAUACUAACCAAAACGCAAUAACGAUUCGAUCGUUUUUAUUGUCCUUUUUUAUAUUAGGUCAACCGCAUAGUCAGACUCAUAGACCGAUCCUUUUUUAUUAUUCCAUGCGUUGGACUGGUACUCUACAUGCAGCUUGACUGCGCUUCUGUCAAAACACUGUAUGACGUCGCAUAGACUCGUUCAACCAGCCUAAUACGAGACACGAGCGAGUGUAGUUCGUUAAUUUAUGCAUUCUACGCAGUGUAACGUCAAUAAUGUUGAACCAAUAUUCUAACGUUUAAAUGGCAGCUCAAAGCAAAAUAUAUUUGUAUAAUUCUUAACGAGAACUGUGGCAUAUUAGCAAUUCAAAUAUGGAUAUAAAUUGAUUAAUACUAGAUACCAAAAACCAAAAUGGCCUUAAAAAUAUAUAUUUGAUAUUCAAAAUAAAAUUAAUUUACCGGUAAUCCAUAACUUCUGUCUACAUUAUACAAUGUAUAUACGGUUUCGGUUUGCACGCAUGGAAAAGGGUGAAUUGUUAUCAAUAUUCUAACACAAAUGUUUUUUAAAAUAUGUACAAUUUGUACAUUUAUGUUUGCAAAGGCCAUGGUAUAUUUUAAAAUUCCGAUAAUAACAUAUACAUAUUUUAUCUUGUUACUAUUUUGGUUCCCAUAUGAGGCUUUUAAAAUGUUUUGCGCAAAAAGGUGAUUGUAGGAUUGUUGCAGUGAAUUUUGUUCACAGCUAGUGAGUAGUUAUCUUUCGAUAUUUUCGAAUUCGAGCGCUUGCGGCAAACAAUAUAUUGCUUAAUUGAACAAAAAAACACACCCAGCAAACAGAAAACAAACAACAACAAACAGUUAGUGUUCCUUAAAAAGAACGUGGUCCUGGAUUAGACAAUAAACACAAACUUGAUAGGUCCUGUGUAAUCACUAAUCAGGUUUUACUUUAAAAAUAAAUACUUUUUUUCCUUUCAGCAAAGCCUUUGUACUUGUGUAAUGUGUAUUUAUGGAUGUGAAUACAUAUUCGUAUUCGUCACCUCAUAUUCGUGAUAUGUAUCGUAUUAGCCACCAUGUGUAUUCGUCACACCCCUAGUACUUACUAUAUAUUUAUCUAUACCUCCGACUGACCAUUUUAGAUAAUUAUCCUUUGUUUAAAUUUUAAUAUUGAUAUGAUAGUGUAUUGUUCUUUUUGUGACUAUCAUUCAGUCAUUGAUUGUCGGACCGGCAAUUAGUUUACGUUUAAUACUCGGUUUGUGUAAAAUGUAUACUUACAUCAAGAUAUUUUUAAAAUUGAUUUCAAAACAGAUUAGAACUAAAUAAUCUAUUUGGAAUGUCUUGGCAGAUUAACGGAAUCACACGGAAGUUAUUAGCCGAGAUUUUCCGAGUGAUCAGUCGAAGUAUUCCGAGUGCGAGUGCGAAUAAUUUUUACAUGCUCAUAUACCAUUAGAGUUUCGAGCAUGUCCGUCCCGGGGCCUGUCUCUGGAUAGCCAGGGCCUUGUCCCGGGAUAGAAAAAAAUUAAGCGGACAGU